GUGCUUUCUUUCGAGAUUCUUCAGCCGUGUUGUCGUUCUUCGCUUUCGGAACUGAAACUUACAUCCGUAUGUCAAUGCGGCUACGCACGAGAGUUCCCGAGAGCUAAUGAUAAUAUGGCUUAUAAUGAAUUUCCGGCUAGUCCCUUCAAAGACAAAGCGUCAUGGUUGGAUCAGUCAUGCGGUGAUUUUCUUACUGCACUUCUUGUGUGCUACUGUGGCCUUACCGCCGUUUCGAUCGCCCCCGUUUACGAACAAUAGCAUGACUUUUGCGGAUGGGGCGGCGCAGCACGUGAGCGAGUCAGGGUCACCUAUCUUUACUCGGUACUGGGCCGUUGAAAUUCUGGAAGGCGAGGAAGUCGCCCGGGAAGUUGCCGAAAAACAUGGUUUCAUAUUUCUGGGCACGAUUUUACCUGGCAUCUACUACAUGAAACAACCUCGUUUGUCCAGGAGGUCGGUGCAUCACAGUAUCCAUUAUCAUGAUCAGUUGGCAAAUGAUCCACGGGUUGUUUGGUUGGAACAACAGGUGGCCAAAGUUCGUGUGAAACGAGAUGUACACAUUCCAGUUAACGAUCCUCACUGGGCAGAUAUGUGGUACUUGAAUCGGGGUGGACCAAAUGGAUUGGACAUGAAUGUUCGAUCUGCCUGGGCACGUGGCUACGCUGGUCAGGAUGUGGUCGUUACCAUUUUGGACGACGGGUUGGAGAUUGAUCACCCGGAUCUCAAAGAAAACUAUGAUCCAUUUGCCUCAUACGAUGUCAACGGGAAUGACGCCAAUCCCGAACCGCGUUAUCCUUCGAGUGACAAAAAUCCGGCCUCCAAUCGUCAUGGUACACGUUGCGCAGGCGAAGUUGCGGCUGUGGCAAACAACAGUAUAUGUGGACUGGGAAUCGCUUAUCGUGCUCGUAUUGGUGGGGUACGUAUGCUUGAUGGAGACGUGUCGGACGCGAUGGAAUCGCGCUCCUUGGGCUAUCAGCUACAACAUAUUGACGUCUACUCAGCCUCAUGGGGACCGGAGGAUGAUGGGAAGACGGUUGACGGUCCCGGGAGGCUAGCUCAGAUGGCCUUUCGUAAUGGCAUUGUAAUGGGGCGUGGUGGUCUAGGAUCCAUAUUCGUAUGGGCAAGUGGGAACGGUGGCAAGAAUGGUGACAACUGCAAUUGUGAUGGUUAUACAAACAGUAUAUAUACACUCGGCGUGAGUUCAGUAUCAGAACGCGGGUCCGUUCCGUGGUAUGCUGAGAUGUGUUCAUCGACACUUGCUGUGACUUACAGCAGUGGGGGUCAGGAAGAACGUGGAGUGAUCACAACGGAUCUAAAUCACACUUGUACAAGAAACCACUCAGGUACUUCUGCCAGCGCUCCGCUUGCUGCUGGAAUAUGUGCUCUUACUCUGUCUGCAAACAAGCGUCUCACUUGGAGGGACCUACAGUACUUGGUAGUUUACACUGCACGCCCUGAAGGUCUUAAUGCUUCUGAUUGGAGAGUCAAUGGAGUGGGACGAAGUGUUAGCCACGCUUUUGGUUAUGGAUUAAUGGAUGCUGGUGCGAUGGUUGAUCUGGCAAUUAAUUGGACCAAUGUCCCGCCACAGCGUGUUUGUGAGGCCCAGGCUCCAAUUACCGGUGGGCCCGUGUCCGUACAACGCAUGAGCAAAGAAGUUCUGGCUCUCACAACGGAUGGCUGCGCAUCGACUGCCGCUUUUGCUGGCGACCCCACACAAUGCGUAGUGUACCUGGAACAUGUACAGGCCAAGGUAACAGUCAGCAGCGCACAGCGGGGGGAGAUUGAACUCCGUCUUACUUCACCCUCAGGUACCGAGUCUAUCCUGUUGAGCAAACGGCCCAAGGACAUGGAUGUCGCUGGCUUCCACGCUUGGCCUUUUAUGUCGGUGCAUUUCUGGGGUGAAAUGGCAAACGGAACGUGGAAAUUGACCGUGUAUUCCGGUAAAGCUUCUGUUUCUAUUCAUGACUGGAUCUUGAUUCUCUACGGUACCAACACACCUCCUCCGCUGCAUGCCUCUUCUCAUCGACGAGGGGUCCGUCAGCUACCAAAAAACGAAGUAGUUUCGGGAAUAGGAUCGCUACACGACAAUACUGGAUCGCGAUCUGUUGUGCUUGAAUCCCGUUCGUCACAGCCCUUCCAAAAUCAUGUUCAUCCGUCAGUCCUGAGACCCAAUCAUCCUCUUGGAUUUGCAUCUUCGGAUUCAGUGCAGAAAGACGGUCAUUCUGUGUCAAUAGGAAAAGUCCCCUUCCCGUUUGCACAUGUUCCCCGCCCACAGCUGCCACCUCCGCUCCCCCCACCACCACCCGACCCGAACGACUUAUGGGCAGAUUGGAAACCACCUAGCUUAAAAACUCAUCUUCCCCCACUGUCUUCGACUUUGCACCUUAAUCCAAUGCAAUCUCAGCUUCUACUUGAUCAUAUCCAAUCUGAGGCCGAAGUAUCCGAUACAGCUGCUUCAAAAUCAUCCAGUGAUGCUCACUUUACUUCAGUGCUGCAUGCUGACUGGCCGCAGUUACCUUUACUAUUCAAUCACCAAAUAUUUGACCACAGUGGCGGUGACACACGAUAUCAGGAUCCUCUCGCGGAUGUCAAAGAACCUCCGGAAGAUAACGAGAAUCGACCAACGAAGAAAACGGGAGAGAUGACUUCUGUAUUGCCCAAUAUAGUUGCGCACCAGAUGCCUUCCGAGUCAACCACCAUCCCACACUCAUGGUUCAUUUGUCUAUGCGCAUCCAUCGUCUCAUUCGGAUUAACAUGAGUCAAUACUCUUAGAUUCUGUUGAUCUCAUCACUUCAUCUCACUAGUCAAUACCUUCCUAACUUUAAUGUCUCCAUGUUCAACUCCAAGACCCUUUUGCCAAACCCAGUUUUUAUGCUUUUUUCUUUAAUGCGCUAUUGUUAUGGAGAAACCAUUUCGGAGGAUAAUGCACCCCCGUGGAUAACGCAUUCCGCCAUGUACAGAAGAAUGCCGUUGCUGCUGUCUACACCCACCGUGUUAUGUGGAUUUCAGUUGGGUGGGAAUUCAUCAAAUCUAGUCCAAAGUACAAUACCCAACUGUCUUUUCUUGGUUUUCAGCCCGAUUUUUUUUACUAGAAUCAACUACUGUACAGUUUUCUUUGUACUCGGAGACUGUUCUGAAAACUUUAAUAUUUUUUCUUUCCAUCUGAUUGCAAUCUCAUUUCGCCCAGUUUUCCAAAUCUACCCUUCCAUCGUUUGACUUAUUGUCUCUCUGGGUUGUUUCACUUGUCGAUUUUACGGAACUACCUCACUUCCUUUCUUUGUCUGUAUAAUAUGUCCGAAUGAUGAUGAUCUCAAAAGACUUUUGUCAAAAUUACAUGCUUUC